CUAGUACUUCAGAUUUCUUGUAAAUUUUUGAUAUUAGAGAAAUGAUACGGUCAGUUGAUUUAGUUUUGACCACGAUAAUUGUGCAGUCCCUGGCUUUCGGCGAUUUUCCUUCCUAUGAAGAUAGGUUGACAUUCAAGGUAUAUCCAUAUGGACUCAAAAACAAAAAUGUUACAAAAGCUCUUUCUGAGCUAAAAUUUCUAGUUAACAGCGCACUUGAUGCCGAAUUUCUAAAGAACAUGGCGGAAUCUGGUGACAGAGACUUGUUUGGAUUAAGCUCGGGUCUAUCGGCCGAAAAUUACACUGUAUCAGAAACCUGCCGUAGCCAGCUGAAUCAUACUAUAAAUGGAUUAAUAAACAGCGAAUUCUGGGCUCUCAAAAUGUUGGACGCUUCAGCCAAAAUAGACUCGGGUAUAUUGGAAGGAAAUACAAUAUGGCUUGGAUCUUAUGACGAAUGUUUACAAAUAGACGAGACUCUGCCAGGCAUGCCUCCUUCCAAUAGUGGCAUGGAAACACAUUUCUGUGCCGUCCAAAUACCAAUAAAAAUCGCAUAUAUUCCUUUAACUGUGUAUGUUGCUGUAUGUAUUCCUAAACAAUGUUCACCUGAAGAUCUGACAUAUCUCGCUAAUGAAUUAAUCUCGAUGAUAGAAAAACUUCUUCCCAUUAAAAAUCCGAUCCGCAUCACCAAUGCCUUUUGUAAAGCAGUACCUGAAAUUGAUACAAGGGCCGUUGUUGCAAUAGUCAUUCUAGGAAUAUUUGCUGCGCUGUUAGUGGUUAGCACACUGUAUGACAUUAUUUUCAUUCAAUGGCCCAUCAAAAGAGACCAAACUUUACAGGAGCAUGCAUCAACUAACGAAGAAAAAACACCACUUCUGCACGAGAAAGAGAACUCGGCUCCAAAAAAUGAAUCUAUCCUAGAAAAACUUCUUCUGUCCUUUUCGUUAUAUUCCAACGGGAAGAAGAUCUUACAAGUCAAUAAAUCUGCUGGGACAUUAACUGCGUUGAACGGUAUUCGUUUCCUCAGCAUUUCCUGGGUUGUACUUGGACAUUCGUUUGCGUUCACAAUCACCAACUUUAGGAACUACUACACAGCUGCACCGAAAUUCAUGAAACGUUGGUCCUUUCAGGCUGUCCUCAACGCUUUAGUGUCUGUAGAUUCUUUCUUUGCUCUAAGUGGUUUGUUAGUAGCUUACCUAACUCUCAGAGAAAUGAAGAAAGGAAAAGGACUCCUCAGAAUCAACUGGUUCAUGUUUUACUUUCACAGAUUCUGGAGGCUGACCCCUGUGUACAUGAUUAUGAUAAUGAUCAGUGCCUGUCUUAGCCGAUACUUCGGUGAUGGGCCUUUGUGGCCAGAGCAGGGAUUCGAAAAGGAUUACUGUGAAAAUACAUGGUGGAAAAACCUUCUCUACAUCAAUAAUUUGUUUAACACUGAUCUGUGCUUUGGUGUGUCUUGGUAUUUAGCCAAUGAUAUGCAGUUUUAUAUCCUGAGUCCACUGAUGUUAAUUCCAUUGUAUUUCUAUUACCCGCUAGGGAUAGGUGUUUGUUUUGUUUGGUUGUUGGGGUCUACAAUCACACCAGGCGUGGUCUCCAGUGUUUUGGAUCUCCCGCCAUCAUCUGUAGGCGGAGGUGGAUCUCCCGAGGGGAGAGCAGAUUACAUGGUUGAUUACUACAUAAGACCGUACUGUCGAAUGGGACCUUAUAUUGUCGGAAUAAUUGUCGGGUCAAUAUUGUAUAAAACAGAUUGUAAAGUUAAAAUCAACAAGUAUUUGAACCUAUUGUUGUGGUUCAUCUUUGCAACACUUGCUAUCUUAGUUCUCUAUGGACUCCGUGAUGCUUUUGUCUAUCCGGAGGAUGCCCUCAGUCGUGACGUGUCGGCUCUAUACAACGCUACUCACAAAAUCGUCUGGGGAGCAUGCGUGUGUUGGGUCAUAUUUGCAUGUGCUACCGGAAAUGGAGGUUUUGUCAACACUUUGCUGUCGUGGUCGGCGUUUGUUCCGCUAGCCCGCCUCUCCUACUGUAUAUACCUCACUCAUCCUUUCAUUAUGUACACCUACUCCGGAUCUCAACGAACUCAGCUGUAUCUAGACGACUUUAACAUUAUAAAUAUUUUUCUCGGCCAUCUCGUCUUGUCAACGUUGACUGCCUUCGUAGCCUCGUUAUCAUUUGAGGCACCGAUGAUGGGUUUAGAGAAAGUUAUCCUGAAAAGACAGCGAGCACAUUAACCAGAAGAAUUUGUAGUAUUUUUUAUACA